AUGAGCUCACCGGCUUCGAAGCGGUUGCGACUGUCGACAUCGAGGACCUCCAUCUCAAGUCGGCGGCCGAGCGUUUCUGGAGGUCAAUCAUCGCUCCCGCGUCCAACAUCUGCGACUGGACAUAGGACGAGUACCACGCAACCGACAUAUGAUUUUAUCUCGGGUGGAGCCGUUGACAAUCCCAUACCACCACUGCGACACUCUCGACUGCGCCAGUCGUCUGUUACGAGACAAGAUCAUACCCACGAUGAGAACCUGCGAGCAAAGAUCAAUGCGCUGGAAUACGAGGUCAAGAAUCUCCAACAAGAACGCGGACUGUUGGCUCUGCAACAUGACAAAGAACUCCGCGAACAACAGGCAAGAGCAGAGGCCGAUUUCAGAAAAUAUCAAGCGGCGGAAGGUGCUUCCCAAAAAGCCAUCCAGCGGCAAGAAGCCGUUGCCCGAGAAUUGCGUGAAGCACGAGAUCAAUGGGCGAACGAAAAAACAACGUUAGAGCGAAAGCUCCGAGAUUUACAAGACCAAUCUUCGUCAUACAAAGAGGAUGCCGAGGAUGCCCAAGCACGGCUAGCCGAUGAAGAAAGACAUUAUAGACACCAGCUGGAUGACAUCGAGGCUAAACGUGUGGCACUCCAGGAGACCGUAGAGAGCGUGAGACAAGAGUUGGAAGAGCUGUCUGGACAAUUCGAGGCAUCGCAAGCGAGAUUGUCCGAACGGGAUGCGCAAGUGCAGAGUCUUGAAGCUGAAGUCUCUUCGCUGAAAUCGCACUCCUCAGAUAGUGAAGCACUGACUGUUCUGCAAAAUCAACUGUCGGACCAAGUGGCUCACAUACGGAAACUUGAGCAGACAAACAGAGAACAAUUGGGCGAGCUGCGGCGAUUGCGGGAAACACAGCGAAGUGUUCAAGUGGUUGAAGAACAGAAGCAUGGUUUAGAAAUUGAAAUCCAGGUCCUAAAGGACGUUGAGCGACAACUGAGCGAAGCUCAGAUACAGAAAGAGAUUCUGGAAGAUGAGAAGAGGACGUGGACGAGCCUCCUGGAACGUGACGGUGAACACGAGUUUGAGUCUCCUGAGGCAGUUGUCAAGGCUCUUAUCCAACAACGGAUCGAGUAUGCAUCUGUCAUGGACAGGCUGGGUAACAUCGAGAGCGAUUUGACUGAGAAGGAUGAGAUCAUCAAGGCACUGGAAGCGGAUAAAGCAUCGUUGAAAACCGAGCUGGAGAGAGUCAAAACUGCACAGGCUACACUUGCUGAGCCUGCCAAUGACAACAAAGCCUACAAACGACUCGAGCGUCAACGAGUACUUGCCGUCAAGGAAGUGGAGUAUCUGCGCGCACAGUUGAAGACGUUCGACACCGAGGAAACCAUGUUGAUGGACAACCAGAAUUUUGACGCGCAACGAUCUGAGCAAAUCAAACAGUUGGAAGAUCUCGUCGACAAAUACAAGGCUGAGGUGCAGAGUCUGCACAGCGAGUUGUCGAAACUUGAGUCCGCGCCUCCCACUGGCUCCAAGACGGAGGAGCUCCGAGGGACGAAACGUUCCGCUGAAUCGCAGGAGCCGGACGGUGAAAGCAACGUGCAACUGGGAGCCCUGUUACGGAAGAACAAGAAUCUCCAGAUUGCAUUGCAGAAAACCGCCCAACAGUCUCAGAUGUUGGCCACCGACCUGCAAGCCACGAAAGCACAGCUGAAGGCCUUACGGGACAGUUCCAAGACUCGCAUAUUGGAGCUGCGGAAUAAUCCUACGGCACAGGCUGAGACGAUCAAGAUGACCACUUUGCGGACGCUCAAGGAAGAAAAUGCAGGCCUGUUAGCGCAAUUGCGUGGUGAAGACCUGCAGGGCGUCAAGGUUGUUCCUGUUAGCACCGUGGACGCCCUCAAGCUCGACCUCAAAGACAUGGAGAUGGUUGUCGCCGAAAAGGAGAAACGGAUGAGACGCCAGCGCGAGAUAUGGACACAGAAAGCCGCCGAGUUUCGCGAUGUCAUUGCCAGCGUGCUGGGCUACAAAGUCAACUUUCUUCCCAAUGGCAAGGCAAAAGUGUCGAGUAUGUACUAUGGCCGGACCCAGACUGCCGACGAGGACAGCGAUGAAGAAGACGACGAACAUCACAUCGUCUUCGAUGGGGACAACGGCACAAUGAAGAUCAGUGGAGGGCCAGACGGUGCUUUUGGCGAGGAAAUCAGAGAUCUGGUGAACUUUUGGGUGAAGGAGAAGAAGCAGAUUCCCUGUUUCCUUGCAGCCAUGACGCUGGAAUUCUACGAGAAGUUUACCAGCAAUAGUGGGAAGCUGGAUGGGUCUUGA